AACCUAUUUUUAGCUGUCACAUUGUGUUGUGUACGUAAAAUCGUAAACUUACUACAUAAGCACAUACGGUUCCAGCAAUGGAAGACGACGACGAUGUCCCAGCACUAUCCGCCGAAACAUUUGCGGCCUUACAAGAGUUUUAUGCGGAACAACAGAAAAGACAGGAGAUACUUGAAAAACUGGAGUCUCAACAACAGCUUACUGAAAAUAUUAUAUUUGAAGAAAACUGGCAAUUGAGUCAAUUCUGGUACAAUGAAAAAACCGUGCAGUCCCUAGUAAGGGUCAUAGACAAGUCUCUACAGGACAAUGGGAAGGUGGCUCUCAUAUCUUGCCCCACUCUCUUUGUACCUGUCAAGAGGCAAGUAGGAAACAGAGCCAGUGUAAUAUUGCUGGAAUAUGACAGAAGAUUUGAGGUGCACGGAUCAGAUUUCAUCUUUUACGAUUAUAAUGCACCGCUGAAGUUACCGUCUGAUUUGGAGCAUACCUUCGACUUGGUUGUGGCCGACCCUCCAUUCCUUUCCGAAGAGUGUAUUGAGAAGACAUCAGAAACUAUUAAACAUUUAGCCAAAGAUAAAAUUAUUGUUUGUACCGGAGCUAUUAUGAAAGAAUGUGUUGAAAAAUUGUUAGACUUAAAACAAUGUGAGUUCCAACCUCAACAUCGGAACAAUUUGGCUAAUGAGUUCUCGUGCUAUGCUAACUUUGAUUUGGAUAAUGUUUUAAGAUGAUGGUCUAUUAUUGUUUGUAAUCGCUGUAUAUAGAAAGUGUAUUUUUUAAGUACAGAUUAAAGAUAUCAAUACAUAAUGUAACAGCAAAAUCUUACUAAUUACUUACAAUAUAAUUAAUUAAUUAUUUACAAUGAAUUGAUUAAUUAACAAUAUACUUCUAAUUAAGAGAAGUCUACUGCUGCCAAAUGUUAUAAUAUAUACAUCUUCUUUUAUAAAUAGUUUUAAAAAUUGCAGUCGGAGUGUUUUCCCUUAAUGACUUCUGAAGACUCUGCUCAUAAGAUUAGCGUUAUGAUACUAAGGUUAUGUACGGUUUAAUAUAUACAUAUUUAGAUUUU